GCUUCCCUGUUUCCUUCAAAUUCUGGGUGGGUGCCCUGGAGCCUCUGACACCGGCCAUUCCCUCCACACGGAAGGCCACCUGGCGCGGGGCGGAGUGUACCUUUGUCGUCCUAACCAGGGUGCAAACCUGCUAGACUGGCCUGGCAGGGGGCGGUGUCCACUCCUGGUCUCAGCGCUUCUGCUUCCUGUGCCUUUGGACGUGGUUUGUGGACGAAUGUGGUUAAAAAGCUAUGUCUUGGGUUACAGCAUUAACAGCUGGGACGUACUGCGAGUGCAGCCUCGGCCUCAGCCGCGAGGCCCUCAUCGCCCUGCUCGUGGUGCUGGCGGGCAUCGGCGCCAGCUGCUUCUGUGCCCUCGUCAUUGUGGCAGUUGGUGUCAUGAAAGCCAAGAGUGAACCAUGCCCCAGACACAUGAACAGCAGGUUGGUGGGGCACUACGGGGUCCAGGAAGAUCGCAUGGAUCUACACACCGUGCAAGUGGGGCCUCACGUCAUGGACCCUGACCUGGAGGUCUCUAUGAUGCCACCCCUGGAGGAGCAAGGCCUCAUGACCGUCCCCAUGGACCCCAUGUCCCCAAACGUGACUGUAGUAGAGGAGCCGCCCCCUCUCGCCCCCCCAACCUGAGCAGGGCUGCAGGCAGCCUGGGGGAGGGGAAUUAAACAGUAUC